UGCUCCCUCUGUCCUUCUUACUCUGUGGCUCGGACUCAUUGUCACACCACUCAGCUCUCUCAAACCUCCUCAUGGACUCACUCAUGGUCAGUUCUGGGCAUCAAGUAUGUCCUGGUGAGGCUGGGGCUUCUGCACUUGUAUUUUGCUCUCAAGGCACCAAAUGAAGUCUCUCGGAAUGGAUGCAUAACUCAAAACUAAAGUAUCAUCUUUUUAAGCACAAUGGAUAACACCGACAGUCCAGACGUCAAGUUCAGACUGGACGAGGGCCCUGAUCGUCCCACGACCCAGAGAGGACAGUGGUCAAGCAAAAUUGAGUUUCUUUUAGCUGUGGCGGGGCAAAUUAUAGGGCUGGGAAAUGUGUGGAGGUUUCCUUACCUGUGCUACAAAAAUGGAGGAGGCGUGUUCUUCAUCCCGUACAUACUUUUCCUCUUCUCCUGCGGCAUUCCCUUGUUUUUGCUGGAGACGUCCCUCGGCCAGUACACCAAGCAGGGAUGUAUCACCUGUUGGAGGAAAAUUUGUCCACUGUUUGAAGGGAUGGGCUAUGGCAGUCAGGUGGUUGUUUUAUACUCCAGUAUCUACUACAUAGUGAUACUAGCCUGGGCAUUCCUGUAUCUCUUCUCUUCCUUCAGCUCUGAGCUUCCUUGGGCGACCUGCAGGAACAGCUGGAACACAGAAAAUUGUGUGGAGUUUGAUCAAAGAUCAGAUUAUUUCAACCUGACGAUACCUGAGAACGCAACUUCACCAGUGAGAGAGUUUUGGGAGAGACGAGUUUUAAAUAUCACAGGCAACAUCAAUGAGUUGGGCAGUAUUAGAUGGGAGUUGGCUCUCUGUCUGCUGUUGUCUUGGAUCAUCUGUUACUUCUGUGUGUGGAAAGGAGUGAAGUCUACUGGGAAGGUCGUUUACUUCACCGCUACGUUUCCUUACCUGAUGCUCGCUGUGCUGCUCGUUCGUGGACUCACGCUGCCAGGAGCCAUGGACGGGAUCAAGUUCUACCUUUACCCAGAUGCAUCCCGCCUCGCCGACCCGCAGGUAUGGAUGGAUGCCGGGACACAAAUAUUUUAUUCCUAUGCAAUUUGCAUUGGCUGUCUAGUUGCAUUGGGCAGCUAUAACAAGUACAACAACAACUGCUACAAGGAUUGUGUAUAUUUGUGCCUUCUGAAUAGUGGAACCAGUUUCGUUGCUGGUUUUGCCAUCUUCUCUGCUCUUGGAUUCAUGGCCUAUGAGCAGAACACUGACAUAUCAAAAGUGGCAGAAUCAGGACCUGGUUUGGCAUUUAUUGCCUACCCUCGGGCAGUCGCCAUGAUGCCUUUUCCUCAACUUUGGUCCAUAUUCUUUUUCGUUAUGAUCAUUCUUCUGGGACUGGACAGUGAGUUUGUAGGUCUGGAAGCUCUCACAACGUCAAUAUCUGACCUGUAUCCUGCCUUCUUCCUUGUCGGCCAUCGACGUAAACUUCUGCUCCUGUUCAUCUGCGUCUUCAGCUUUUUCAUUGGUCUUGUCAUGGUGACAGAAGGAGGACUGUACAUCUUCCAGGUGUUUGACUACUACGCCUGCAGUGGGAUGACUUUGCUUCUGUUUGCCAUUCUGCAGUCUGUGUGUGUUGGAUGGGUGUACGGUGCUGAGCACUUUUACAACAACAUUGAGGACAUGAUCGGCUACCGGCCGUUUCCCUUCAUUAAGUACUGUUUGAAAUACGUCACUCCAGUCAUUUGCCUGGGUACUUUUGUUUUUUCCUUGGUUAAGUACACCCCUCUGAAGUUCGACAACACAAUAGAGUAUCCGUGGUGGGGUUACGCUCUGGGCUGGUGGUUCACUCUCUCCUCAACCCUCAUGGUUCCCCUCUGGAUGCUGUACAAUCUGCUCAUCACUCCUGGUACCCUGCGGGAGAGAUUCUCUAUCUUGUGCACUCCAGCUGAAGACCUUCCUCUGACCAAAUCAGAAAAAACAGCUCUCGAACUUCUCACCUUGCCCCCGUCUCAGAGCAGCAUGGACUGACGAGGUGAAUCUGUCCCAACAGGAGUGACAAACCCGAUUCCAAACCUAGCAUAGAAUUAGACCCCAAAACAGCAAAAUGUUGAAUGCUAGUAGGCAACCUUGUUUUUAUUCGAACAAGGUUGUUCAUAGAAACUGAAAUGCACAAAAACCUUAUCAAUUUCCAAACAAUGUCUUUCUGGCUUUCUUUUAAUGUUAGGCUCUCGUAAGAUAUCACGAUAACAACCAAUGCACUUCAAAUGUGUUACUUUGUACUUUGAUGAGCAUCUCGGAGUUUAAAAGGCUGUUUAAAAAUUUUUUUUUUUUUCUAUUUGUUAAAAAAA